UGACCUUUGUUUCUGACAAAUUGAUAUAAUCAACCUCGCUGUACGUUCAUUUUCUCGAUCGUGAUCGUGUUGUUUAUUUUUGUAAAAAUAAAUUAAAAAAUUUCAUAAGUAUGGGAAGCCCAGAGAGAGAACUGUGCCCUCCGCCUUCAGAGGAAGAUGAAUUAACUCUUCCGAGAGCCAGCAUUAAUAAAAUGAUAAAAGAAUUGGUACCGUCUGUUCGCGUCGCAUUUGAAUCCAGGGAGUUAAUCUUAAAUUGUUGUACGGAAUUCAUUCACCUGCUCAGUUCUGAAGCUAAUGAAGUGUGCAACCAGAGCUGCAAAAAGACCAUUAAUGCUGAGCACGUCCUCACUGCUCUGGUCAGACUAGGAUUUGGUGACUACACUAUAGAAGCAGAGGCUGUUCUCAAAGAUUGCAAGGCAGUAGCAGCUAAAAGAAGAAGGCAGAGUACACGACUUGAGAAUCUUGGCAUACCAGAGGAAGAACUGUUAAGGCAACAACAAGAAUUGUUCGCCAAGGCUCGUGAGGAGCAAGCGAAACAAGAACAACAGCAAUGGUUACUUCUUCAGCAGCAAGGACUUAAUGCUGAAGGAACACCACAACCAUAUGUCCCACCAACCAUGGGACUUAAGACUGAAGAUGAAGAAGAUGAUGAUUACUCAUAGAUUUUACACCCAACCACAAAGGCUAAAGCACACCAAGCAUGAUGCAGCUUCAAUUUGCAUCUUAAUUAUUAUAUUAAAAAAAGAAUUAUUGAAUUUUCACAAAUUGCAUUGUGUGAUGUGCUGUAGCCCUUAGGAUCUGAAAACUUCUUCAAAAUUCCUCAGUUUGCUGUUUAGUAGUGGACAUAUUUUUAAGCAAAGAAAAUAUUUAAGUUUCAAAUAUUUUAAACUGAAUAAUUUAUGGACACAUUUGCCACUUGCAAUCAAUGGACAUCAAACUAUGAUGUAGUAAUACAUAAACUAUAAAAUCUACUAACUGUAUAAGAUUGGCAGUAUCAUUCAUGUAAAUAACAUAUUUUUUCCAUUAAUUGAAGGAACUAUAUUCCUCAGUAAAAUGAUGUACCAACAUAUAAAUAUCACAAUAAAACUUAAAAACCAAAGUGA